AUGAACGAGUAUUUGCACGUACUCUUCGGAAAACUGAUUUCUCAUACUGAGAACAAAUGCGCGCCAUUUAGCGUCAUUGUCCCAAGCAAGAAGGUCAUCAAGAAGAAAGUCGCUGCUGUUCCAGCGCACAUUCGCGCUCAAACUCAAGUGCAAAAGGAGGUGAAAAAUCCACUUUUCGAAAAGAGACCACGCAACUUCAACAUUGGUCAGGAUAUCCAGCCAAAGAGAGAUGUGACUCGUUUCGUCAAGUGGCCAAAGUACAUCCGUCUCCAACGGCAAUCUGCCAUUCUCCAAAAGCGUCUGAAGAUUCCACCAACCAUCAACCAAUUCAGAACCGCCCUUGAUAGCCAGUCCGCUAGACAAGCUUUCAAGCUUCUGGACAAGUACCGCCCGGAGUCUAGCGAAGCCAAGAAAGAACGUCUUCGCGCUCGUGCUGAGGCUCGCGCUGCUGGAAAGAAGGAGGAGGUCACCAAGCGUCCAAACACUGUUCGCCACGGAGUCAACACCAUCACUCGCCUUGUUGAGACCCGCAGAGCUCAAUUGGUUCUUAUUGCCCACGAUGUGAACCCAGUCGAGAUUGUUCUCCAUCUUCCAGCACUCUGCCGCAAGUACAACGUUCCUUAUGCCAUCAUUAAGGGAAAGGCUUCCCUCGGAACCGUAGUCCGCAGAAAGACCACAGCUGCUCUUGCUCUCGUUGAUGUCAACCCAGAGGACAAGUCUGCCCUGAACAAGCUCGUCGAGACUGUUAACAACAACUUCAGCGAGCGCCAUGAGGAGAUCCGCAAGCACUGGGGAGGAGGUGUCAUGUCUGCUAAGUCUGACGCUCGCAAGCUCAAGCUCGAACGUGCUCGUGCUCGUGAUCUUGGAAAGCUCUAA